AUGGCCUUCUUCCGACUCAGAGAUUGGGGGGUAAAGGGUUUGACGAUACUCAGGGACCGUCCAAACGUGUCUCCGGUCUGGGCGUUGGGCGCCAAGGCACGGAGCGACGCCCUGGAGCGGCACGUCCAGGACACUUGCCAGAGGCUGCGAUUCCCAACGGACGGAGUCCACCGGGCGAUGGAACGCAUGUAUUAUGACGACACGAGGAAAGUGAUCUACUGCUUCGUUCCCAAGGCAGGCUCGCCCGAUACGGAUGCAUCGGUGAAGCCUGACGCCGAGUCGAGACUAACAGCAGAACCAGAUUGGGGUCGAGGCUCUUGCUGCGACCCCAACCUCUACUCCUUGUGUGUCGCAAGUUCAAGCUGGAAGAGAGUGUGGCUGAGGAUGACAGGCAUCAAUGAUACCACGCUGGACAGGUACGCCCUCCACGCCUUUCUGCCCCGCCUGGCCGCCAACAAGGACAGAGAAGAGAAGCUCAGAACCUACAAGAAGUUCCUGAUGGUUCGUCACCCCCUGGAGCGGGUGCUAUCUGCCUUCAGGGACAAGCUCGAGACCCCCGAUCAGCAUCCCGCGGCUGUCUUUCAAAGCCAAAUUGAUUACUUCAGCAAGAAAAUAGCUGGCAUGAUAAAGGCAAAGUACAGGGGCGCCGCCUACAGGGGGGGCCACAACGUCACCUUCGCAGAGUUCAUUCGCUUCAUCUCCGAGGCGGGGCGCGGGACGCCGGAGCAGAGGAACGAACACUGGCGGCCCAUGCACGAGCUGUGCCAGCCGUGCGCUGUGCGCCACGACUUUAUCGGCAAAUACGAAAAUCUGAAGGAGGACGCGGACUACCUCCUCCAGUGGCUCGGGCUGACGGACCUGGUGGACGGGUUCCCCGCGUCCGACAGGACCUUCCACGCCAGCCGCCUCGACUCCAAGUACUUGGGCCAACUCAGCCACAGCGAUAUCAUGGCCUUCCACGCCAAGCACCAGGCGGAUUUCCUGCUCUUUGAUUACAUGUCAUUACACAUGUAA